AAAACUAUUGAUAAACUAAAGGAACAAAAAGAAACUGAGAGUGAGAUUAACACGCCAGAAGAUGAAGACGUUGCCGCUGAAGAGUAUCAACAUGUAAAGGAACCGAAAAAAAGUGAUAAAACUACUUUAGAUAAUGCUACUGAGGAACAAUCAAAAAAUCUGCAGCAUCAACAAGAUAAAGAAGAUGAAAAUGAACCAGAGUGUGAAAAUAAUGAUGAACUUAUGGAAGAAGAUGAAAAUGAAAAUUUAAACAAUGAAGAGGACAUACACGAUAUGGAAGCCGAAAAGUUUGAUCAUAAAUCAGAAAAGCCCUCAAAAACAGAGAAGGUUAAGGAAAGAAUUGAAACGGAUGAACAAAUGGAAAUUGAAGGUGAAGUUGUAGAGACAAUGAAUGUGCCACGUGGUACUGAUACUACAGCCCAUUGCAUUAGCGAAAUACUUUUAGACAACUCUGCGCAGGCGCAAGAGUUAACUCCAGCAGAGACAUUGGAAUUUAGAAAAAUGUAUCAACAACAAAUAGUAGGCAAUCAGUCGGCAAUACCACAACAUGAAGAUUACGAAACAUGGCAAACAAUAUCAAAUCGAAUGUCACAAAAUGCCAGAGAUUUAUGUGAGCAACUACGUCUUAUUUUAGAACCAACCAAAUGCACACGACUCAAGGGCGAUUAUCGUACCGGACGACGAAUUAAUAUGAAAAAAAUUAUUCCGUACAUUGCUUCACAAUUUCGUAAAGACAAAAUCUGGCUAAGACGCACUAAACCAGCGCAACGUGAUUACAAAAUUACUAUUGCUAUUGAUGACUCAAAAUCAAUGCAUCACAACAACUCUAAAACAUUAACACUCGAAGCUAUUUCCUUGGUUUCUCAAGCGUUGACAUUACUAGAAAGCGGUCGUCUUAGUAUUGUCUCCUUUGGUGAAACACCACAAAUUAUAUUGAAUCACACUGAACAGUUCGAUGGUCCCAAACUUGUGAAUUCUCUGUGCUUUGCACAGAAUGAAACAAAAAUCGCAGAUUUGCUUGAUUUCAUAAGAACAAUAAAUACUGAAGAAAGUAACGUAGGGUCAGAUAAUGGUCUAUUUGAAAAUCUAUUAUUAAUACUUAGUGAUGGUCAUAAUAUAUUCAGAGAAGGCAAGAUAAAGGUUAAAAAUGCAGUAAAACUGGCGCGAUUACAAAGGAUUUUUUUAGUCUACAUAAUAAUAGAUAAUCCUGAAAACAAGCAUUCUAUAUUGGAUGUCCAAGCUAUGGAAAUGCUGCCGGAUAAAAGUGUCAAUAUUAAAUCGUAUAUGGACGAUUUUCCUUUUCCAUAUUACGUUAUAGUGCGAGAUUUAAAUCAGCUUCCAACCGUGCUAAGUGAGGCUAUGAGACAGUGGUUUGAAUUAGUAAAUAGUGAACAAUAAUUUUUUAGUUAUAAACUUUGAUUUUUUUAUUUGUAAAUAUGAAAUCUUUAUAAGAUAUUUUAAUCAUAUUAAAAUCGAUUACUUUAAUGUACAUUUAAG